UCAUAUCCGACUAACUCAACCGGUAACCAUGAUUUAAGUCUAUUCAUGUAGCACAGAACAGAACUGAGGGGACAAGCGGCUUAAGGGUCUAGGGUUUCCUUGGCAGCAACUUAUCUUGUGUUGCAGUGAUUUCUAUAAACUUCUUGAUCACCAAAGUUGGAAGGUAGUAUCAGAUUUUCUCGGCAAUAUCUCUUGAAUUUUUGAUGUGAUUGUUUCAAGUGUAAUCGGUGAAUACCCAGGACCCAAAAUCUUUUUAUGCAUUAACUUGUACUUCUUCUCUGUCUCCUUCCUUCUUCAUUUUUUUUUGUUCCCCUCCUCUUCUCAGUCUUGGCACUAUCCUUCAAAAUUAAAUGUUCGGGUUCGCUGGUUAUAGAGAUUUUUCUGCAUUAUUUUCAGCAAUCCUUUCCGCUUGGUGCUAGCAGACCGUUCUUCCUAUAAAUCGAUUAAAAACCAGUAAUGGUAGCUCCCAAAAAUAAAACGAAAACGAAAUCACAAAAUCCUCAUCCUAGAAAGAAGCAAAAGAAAGUACAUUUAGCAAAAGAACUAGAAAGAAAAGACCUCCUUGAUGAUUCUGAUGGAGUGGAUGAAGAAGUAAAAGAACACGAAGAAUCUGAUGAAGAAGAACAGGAAUUCUAUUCGGACUUGGAUAUGUCAUCAGAUGGGGAUGAUCCUUUUGCAGAUGAUAUUCUCAAAGGAAGUGAUGAUGAAGAGGAGGCUUUAGAUGUAGAUUCAGAUUCAGAUUCAGAUUCAGAUUCUGAUUCUGAUUCUGAUGCAUCUGAUAUUGAGACAAAAGCAAGAGCAAUUGAUGAGGAAAAGGAGAGGGUAGAAGAAGAAGCGGAGGCUGAAUUGCAGCUCAAUAUUAAAGAAGAGGCGGAUGAGUUCCGAUUGCCAACCAAGGAGGAGCUUGAAGAAGAAACACACAGACCCCCAGAUCUUUCGAAUCUCCAAAGAAGGAUAAAAGAAAUUGCGCGAGUCCUUUCGAAUUUUAAGUCUUUGAGGCAAGACGGAGCAACACGAAAGGAUUAUGUUGAUCAACUUAAAUUGGAUUUAAGUUCUUACUAUGGAUACAAUGAGUUUCUAAUUGAAGCUUUGGUUGAGAUGUUUCCAAUUGUUGAACUUAUGGAGCUCAUUGAAGCUUUUGAGAAGCCUCGUCCAAUAUGUCUUAGAACAAACACUUUGAAGUCUCGCAGGAGGGACUUGGCUGGUGUGCUUUUGAACAGAGGAGUCAACCUCGAUCCAUUAAGCAAGUGGUCAAAAGUUGGCUUGGUGGUUUAUGAUUCACAAGUGCCAAUUGGGGCCACUCCGGAGUAUAUGGCUGGGUAUUAUAUGCUUCAAAGUGCUAGCUCUUUUUUGCCUGUAAUGGCCCUUGCUCCUCAGGAGAAAGAAAAAAUUGUAGAUGUGGCGGCUGCACCUGGUGGUAAAACGACUUAUAUUGCUGCACUAAUGAAAAACAGUGGUAUCAUUUAUGCAAAUGAGAUGAAGGAGUCAAGGCUCAAAUCCCUUACUGCAAAUUUACAUCGCAUGGGGGUAACAAACACCAUUGUUUGCAACUAUGAUGGGAGGGAGCUGCCAAAAGUAUUAGGCAACAACACUGUUGACCGGGUUCUACUGGAUGCUCCUUGCAGUGGCACUGGGGUCAUAUCUAAGGAUGAGUCUGUGAAAACCUCAAAAAGCGCUUUAGAUAUACAAAAUUGUGCUCAUCUGCAGAAGCAAUUAAUACUUGCAGCAAUAGACAUGGUGGAUGCCAAUUCAAAAUCAGGGGGAUACAUUGUUUACUCCACAUGCUCCAUAAUGGUUGCUGAGAACGAGGCUGUUAUAGACUAUGCUCUCAAGAAGAGGAAUGUAAAACUUGUGCCAUGUGGACUUGAUUUUGGGCGUCCAGGGUAUUACCUAGCCAGAACUCAUUUGUCAAAUCAUCGUUGCAAUUGCAUGAUUAGUCUCACAACAUUUCUUUUGUAUUCUAGAUUUAUUCGCUUCAGGGAACACCGUUUUCAUACUUCAUUAGAAAAGACAAGACGUUUCUAUCCCCAUGUUCACAACAUGGAUGGAUUCUUUGUGGCAAAGUUAAAGAAAAUGAGCAAUUCCAAGCCAACUCCAAAUCCCUCCGAACCUCCAGAAGUGGUGGAGCAAGGACCUGAGUUGAUGGAGAGCAAUGGCCAAAGCAAUGGUGAAGGAAAUAUCCACCAACACUCGAAGAAAAAGGAGGUGGCUAGAGAGCAUAGGAAGUUGAGCAAUGGUUCUAUUAAGGGCGGGAAAGCAGAAAAUCCACCAGUCGCAGAAAAGAAAAUGAAAACGAAACUCCCCUCUAGAGAAGAAAUUGCAAGAAUCAGAGAAGAGAAGAGACAAGCUUUAAGAGUAGCGAAGAGAAAAGGUAAGAGGAAUGACUGAACUGCGGACUGACUAAUUUGCAGCUUACAGCAGAGUGCACGCUUAGUUGGGGAAUCCAUAAAACAGUAAGUCAUCCAGUGGUGGAUUUUUUUAUUUUUUUUAAAUUUAUUUUUAGCUAAUUUAUGCUAUAAACAGUUCCGAGACAACACUCAGUGUAUGUACUAAUUAAUAUUGUAACCUCAAGCGAUCAAAUUAUUGUCAUAGACCGAGCGUUUUUCUGAAACUACGUCAAUUUUGGUGCUCAAAGAAUCAAAAUAUUGUUUCGCCGUU